AUGAGUCUACCGGAGAUUUUGCCUUUAGAGGUCAUAGACAAAACAAUCAACCAGAGAGUGCUGAUUGUGCUGCAAUCAAACCGCGAGUUUGAGGGCACGUUGGUCGGCUUCGACGACUUCGUCAAUGUCAUACUGGAGGACGCUGUUGAGUGGCUUAUCGAUCCCGAGGACGAGAGCAGGAAUGAGAAAGUUAUGCAACACCAUGGUAGAAUGCUUUUGAGCGGCAACAAUAUCGCCAUCCUUGUCCCAGGCGGCAAAAAGACCCCUACGCAGGCGUUGUAA